GGAGGACAGAGAAUCUGAAGACUCCAGAUGACAUCAAAGCUACUUUUCAACAGCCUUCUCAAUUUCCUUUCUCAGAAAGCAGAAGCUCAAACCUUGGAGACAGACGAACACUGAUAUUUGCAUUUAAUGGGGAACAAAAGAUGAAGAAGGAAAAGCAAUAUAUUCAGUAAGGAUUAAAUCUGCUUACUGCUAAAACCUAUGUUUAAAGGAAUUAUUCUGCUUCUUGCUUAGAAGUUGAUCAGCUUUGUGGCCAGACAGCAUUGGAAUUUGCCUGCGUUUGUCUUGUCAUUGCCAGAAGAAAUCUUGGUUGGAAUAUAACACAGUACAUCUGUAUCUGAUUGCUAUGGAAGGUGAAAAACGGACCCUCACUUAUUAAAAUUCCAUCUUAUUCACUCACAGAAAACCAUUCUUCAAAGUGAAUAGAAACCAAGCCCUUGUGAACACUUGUAUUGAACAUGACUCAUGGAGAAGAGCUUGGCUCUGAUGUGCACCAGGAUUCUAUUGUUUUAACUUACCUAGAAGGAUUACUAAUGCAUCAGGCAGCAGGGGGAUCAGGCACUGCCGUUGACAAAAAGUCUGCUGGGCAUAAUGAAGAAGAUCAGAACUUUAACAUUUCUGGCAGCGCGUUUCCCACCUGUCAAAGUAAUGGUCCGAUUUUCAAUACACACACAUACCAGGGAUCUGGCAUUCUGCAUCUCAAAAAAGCCAGACUGUUGCAGUCUUCUGAGGACUGGAAUGCAGCAAAGCGGAAGAGGCUGUCUGAUUCUAUCGUGAAUUUAAACGUAAAGAAGGAAGCUUUGCUAGCUGGCAUGGUCGACAAUGUGCCUAAAGGCAAACAGGAUAGCACAUUACUGGCCUCUCUGCUUCAGUCAUUCAGCUCGAGGCUGCAGACUGUUGCUCUGUCACAACAAAUUAGGCAGAGCCUCAAGGAGCAAGGAUAUGCCCUCAGUCACGAUUCCUUAAAAGUGGAGAAGGAUUUGAGGUGCUAUGGUGUUGCAUCAAGUCACUUAAAAACUUUAUUGAAGAAAAGUAAAGCUAAAGAUCAAAAGCCUGAGACCAGUCUUCCUGAUGUAACUAAAAAUCUCAUCAGAGAUAGGUUUAUAGAGUCACCUCAUCACGUUGGACAGAGUGGAACAAAGGUUGUGAGUGAACCCUUGUCGUGUGCCGCAAGACUACAGGCUGUUGCAAGCAUGGUCGAAAAAAGGGCUAGUCCUGCCACCUCCCCUAAGCCGAGUGUUGCUUGUAGCCAGUUAGCGUUACUCCUUUCAAGCGAAGCCCAUUUGCAGCAAUAUUCUCGGGAACAUGCUUUAAAAACACAAAAUGCAAAUCAAGCAGCCAGUGAAAGACUUGCUGCUAUGGCCAGAUUGCAAGAAAAUGGUCAGAAGGAUGUUGGCAGUUUCCAGCUUUCAAAAGGAGUGUCGGGCCAGCUUAACGGUCAGACGAGAACAUCAUCGAGCAGACUAAUGGGCAGCAAAAGUAGUGCUACAGCAUUUCCAAAUCCAGUGGGUGUCAUUCCUUCUUCUCCCAAAAAUGCAGGCUACAAGAACUCACUGGAAAGAAACAAUAUCAAACAGGCUGCUAAUAAUAGUUUGCUUUUACAUCUCCUUAAAAGCCAGACUAUACCUAAGCCAGUGAAUGGGCACAGUCACGGUGAGAGAGGCAGCAUUUUUGAGGAUAGCAGUACACGUAUGACUAUUGAUGAAUAUUCGGAUAACAAUCCUAGCUUUACAGAUGAUAGCAGUGGUGAUGAAAGUUCCUAUUCCAAUUGUGCUCCCAUAGACUUGUCUUGCAAACACCGAAUCGAAAAACCAGAAUCUGAACAGCCCGUUUCUCUAGAUAACUUAACUCAGUCUUUGCUAAACACUUGGGAUCCAAAAGUCCCAGAUGAAGAUAUCAAAGAAGAUCCAGAUACCUCCAAGAAUUCUAAGCUCAAUUCACAUCAGAAAGUAACCCUUCUUCAAUUGCUACUUGGCCAUAAGAAUGAAGAAAAUGUUGAAAAAAAUGCCAGCCCUCAGGGAGUACACAAUGAUGUGGGAAAGUUCAAUACACAGAAUUACACAAGGACUUCUGUAAUAGAAAGCCCCAGUGCAAAUCGGACUACUCCAGUGAGCACUCCACCAUUACCUACAUCAGCCAAAGCAGAGUCUCCCAUCAAUCUCUCUCAACACUCUCUGGUUAUCAGAUGGAAUUCCCCACCAUACGCCUGCAGUAGUCAGCUAACUAACACUGCAUCUAACCAUUCAGUGGACCUUACUAAAAGCAAAGAGUCACAGGGAGAGAAACCAGCCCAAAGUGAAGGUGCGCAAAACUCUGCAACGUUCAGUGCCAGUAAACUGUUACAAAAUUUAGCUCAGUGUGGAAUGCAGUCUUCAAUGUCCCUGGAAGAGCAAAGACCUGGCAAACAGCUGUUAAGUGUAAACACAGAUAAACCUGUAGGUAUGAUUGACAGAUUAAAUAGCCCUCUGCUCUCAAAUAAAACAAAUGCAGUUGAAGAAAAUAAAGCAUUCAAUAGUCAACCUACAGGUCCUGAACCAGGGCUUUCUGGUUCUGAAAUAGAAAAUCUGCUUGAAAGACGUACUGUCCUCCAACUGCUCCUGGGAAACCCUAACAAAGGUAAGAGUGAAAAGAAAGAGAAAAUUCCUCUAAGAGAUGAAAGUACUCAGGAACAUACAGAUAGAGCUGUAAGUGAACAGAUAUUCAUGGUGAAAAUAAAAUCUGAGCCUUGCGAUGACUUACAUAUUCAUAAUACAAAUGUGCACUUGAGCCAGGAUGCCAAGAGUGCCCCAUUCUUAGGUGUGGCUCCCACUGUGCAGAGAAGCACAGCUGCCUUACCAAUGUCCGAGGACUUUAAAUCGGAGCCUGUUUCACCUCAGGAUUUUUCUUUCUCAAAGAAUGGUCUGUUAAGUCGAUUGCUGAGACAAAAUCAAGAGAGUUACCUGGUGGAUGAUUCAGACAAGAGUCACAGAAAUAAUGAACUGACACUUCUAGAAUCAAAGAAUCUUUGCAUGGUCCCGAAGAAAAGGAAGCUUUUUACUGAACCAUUAGAAAAUCCAUUUAAAAAGAUGAAAAAUAACAUUGUUGACACUGCAAACAAUCACAGUGCUCCAGAAGUACUGUAUGGGUCAUUGCUUAACCAGGAAGAGCUGAAAUUUAGCAGAAAUGAUGUCGAAUUUAAAUAUCCUUCUGGUCAUGGUUCCGCCAGCGAAAGUGAACAUAGGAGUUGGGCCAGAGAGAGCAAAAGCUUCAAUGUUCUGAAACAGCUGCUUCUCUCAGAAAAUUGCGUGCGAGAUUUGUCCCUACACAGAAGUAACCCUAUUGUCGACAGUAAAAAGAAAGGACACAAAAAUAAUGUGACCAAUAGCAAACCUGAGUUCAACGUUUCUUCUUUAAAUGGACUGAUGUACAACUCCACUCAGCCCACCAGUUGCAUGGAUAACAGGACAUUUUCAUACCCAGGAGUAGUAAAAACUCCCAUGAGCCCUCCUUUCCCUGAGCACUUGGGUCUGCCUAGACCAGACUCUGGGCAUUUGAAUGGGUAUUCCAUGCCCAGUGAGAAAGGGCCCAUUAAGUGGGUUAUCACAGACGUGGAUAAGAAUGAGUAUGAAAAAGACUCUCCAAGACUGACCAAAACUAACCCAAUACUGUAUUAUAUGCUCCAGAAAGGAGGCAAUUCUGUUACCAGCCGAGAAACACAGGACAAGGACAUCUGGAGGGAGCCUUCGUCUGCUGAAAGUGUCUCACAGGUUACAAUCAAAGAAGAGUUACUUCCUGCUGCAGAAACUAAAGCUUCUUUCUUUAAUUUAAGAAGCCCUUACAAUAGCCAUAUUGGAAAUAAUGCUUCUCGCCCACACAGUGCAAAUGGAGACGUUUAUGGACUUCUGGGAAACGUGCUAACAAUAAAAAAAGAAUCAGAAUAAAAUGUACCUGCCAUCCAGAUUUGGAUCUUUUUGAAACUAAUUAGUAUGAACUUGAGAUCUGUAUAAAUAAGAGCAUGAUUUGAGAAAAGCAUGGUAUAACUGAAACUUUUUUCAUUUUGAAAAGUAUUGGUCUCUGGUGAUGUUUAAAUAUGCAUACUAACUUUUGCUUAACAUUAGAUGUCAUGAGAAAAACUACUGAACUUGCAAUUGGUUGUUUAACACUUCUGUAUGCAUCAGAUAACAACUGUGAGUAGCCUAUGAACGAAAUUCUUUCAUAAUCAUAUAACGGGCAUAAAUUAAAAGGUACAACUCCAUCCAUAGGGGAUUAAUGCAUUUUGCUGCCUUUAUUAGGGUACUUCAUUUUGCUUUUCAGACAUCAGCCUACAUAACAUUUUUUAAAACCCAAACUGUUAACUAACUCUUCAAAGACAAUUAUUGAAGAAAAGCCCUAAUGCUGAUUUACAUCUCCUUAUCCAAUUUAAAAAUAAAUUAGAAAUAAAUGUGCUUACAUUUUUCACUUUUGCUAAAAAACAUACUUAUUUUUAACUCUUGGAAGUAGUUUUUUGGUUCCCAGUGUGUCUGCCCCACUAAAGUCCUUUUCAAUAUAUACAUCUUUAAACCUUGUACUACUUAAUAAAAGUUGGUUACAAUUGAGGGAAGUUUGAUAGACCCUUUUAAAAAAAGGCAGAUUUUUGUAUUUUAACUACUUUACUAAAUUGAUACUCCUCCUUUUACAGAAUUAGGAAAGUUAACAUUUAUCUUCAGGUGGUUUUCUGAAUAGUUGAAUAUUUAAGAAAUUGUUUUUAACACAAAACGGUUUUUCUUUAGAUGUUUUUCACCAUCUCUUGUAAAAGUUAAUUCUCACCAUUCCUGUGGUAGCUGUGAGUCAUGACCAGGAUUCCUUAAAGCCGGACUCAGACCAUUUGCAUUAGAAUCAUCUGGAGCAUUUGUUUUAAAAUGAAGAUUCACAGGCAUCUCAGAUCUGCAGAACCAGAAUCUCUGCUCAGUGAACCUGGGAGUCUGCCGUCUGCAUCCUAACAUGCUCCUUAGGUGUUUCUUCUGCACACUGAAGUUUGAGAACCACUGCUUAUGACUUUUCUCAGAACAUGGGGACUGUAAAAAAAAAAAAAAAAAAGUCAACUAUUUGAUGCCUAUAUUUUCCCCAGUACAGUUACACAUCAGCUCAAAAUUUGCAGUAGUAGAGUUCAUAUUAUUACUGUUGUGUCUUUGAAAAUCGGGUUCAGAACACUUUUUAUGACAAAACAAUUGGGUGGAGGGGACAACUUUCAUAUCUGGCUCAACAUCUCAGGAAAAUCUGUGAUUAUGUGUUCUAAUGAGUAACAUCUAUGUAAUUAGCCUUAGGAAUGGAAUAACAGGGCCACUUACCAAACUCAGGUGAUUCGAGGAUGAUUUGGAAACUUCUCCUGAAUACAUCCUUAACUUCUAUUAAAACCAUUGUCCUAAGUAAAAACAGUGCUGACAAAGAUUAAAGCAGUUCAAACCCAAGAAAGGAACUAAACUCAGAUUGACUAAACAAAAAAGUGCAAAGGGCAAAUGUACAUGACAGAAUUAUACACAAUUACUCCAUUGGGUGUAUUAUUUUAAACAAGUGAUUAAAAGUAAACAUUGUCUUAGAAAAACUUAAUGUAUUAUUGAGCCACAUGGGGUUUUGAUCUUGAAACAAGUCUGUUUUUAAGUUCAAUUUUUACAAGGCACAAUUCAUUCGCCGGGUAAUAUUUUUGAUUUUAACUAUGAACCAGAUUAGUAACUGACCUAUCAAAAAUUAUUAUAUGAUCACUAUUAAUUAGCAGGAAAUUCAUUUAAAGUCAUCGUACUUGAAUUGUUUCUAAGAUUUUUUAUAUUAAAAAUGGUUGUUAUUUCCUAAUAUGAUCUAAAACCUUCCUAAGUGGUUAUGUUUUUUCUCAAAAUGAUUUGUAAAAAAUUUCUGGAGAUAUUAUACAAUAAUAAGCAGCAGUGAGUAUUAUGCUACAUUAUGGAGAGGUAAAGCAUAUGCUUAUUCUAAAGUGAAAUUCCACUGGCCAGUGAUCGUAUUCUACUCCAUAUCCAUAAAGUGACAAUCUUAUUGUCAAUACUAUAUAAGUAAGCUUUUAAACAAGUCAUUUUUCUCAGUCAUUGUUGAAAGGUCUGGAGCCUUAGAGAUACAUCAGAAAAAAAUGUGGGUAUUCUCCCUUGGUAAGAGGUAAAGGGGAUUUGUAAAAGGGUGUGAAAAUUAGGACGGGAAAAGAACAUCAUGGGCCAGCAUUGCUAUUUCGGGUUGGUUUUCUGUUUGGGGUUUUUUGUUUGUUUUUUGGUUAUUUUUGUUGUUAAAGGAAUGAAAAUACGUAGUACUUAAAUAAAUGUGACCACAAAGAAUAGUGUUCUGAUUUACUAGAGAAUGUUCCCAAUUUGAGUUUUGGGUGAUUUUAAAGAACAGUGAGAAAAGGGCAUACAUCUACAAAAUCACUUUGUUUAUGCAUAUGUAGAUACAAGGAUGCAAUAUACACAUUUUCAAGGACUAUUUUAGAUACUAGACCAUUUCUGCAGAAUAAAGUCAUUUGCAAAAGGGUACUACAGCUCUCAUUGACAUCAGUAAGGUAGCAUUCGUUACCUGUUCUCUGCUGCAUCUUACAGAAGAGUAAACUGGUGAGAGAAUAUAUUUUAUAUAUAUAUAACAUGUAUAUAUAUAUAUAUAUAUUGACUUGUUACAUGAAGAUGUUAAAAUCAGUUUUUAAAGGUGAUGUAAAUACUGAUUUCCUUAAUGAAAAAUACAUAUUUUGUAUUGUUCUAAUGCAACAGAAAAGCCUUUUAAUCUCUUUGGUUCCUGUAUAUUCCAUGUAUAAGUGUAAAUAUAAUCAGACAGGUUUAAAAUUUGUGCAUGUAUGUAUACAGUUGCAAGUCUGGACAAAUGUAUAGAAAAAUCUUUUAUUUAAGUUGUGAUUACCUGCUGCAUGAAAAGUGCAUGGGGGACCCUGUGCAUCUGUGCAUUUGGCAAAAUGUCUUAACAAAUCAGAUCAGAUGUUCAUCCCAACGCGACAGUAUUCCAUUUCUGGACAUGACUUUCUGUGGUUUAAGCUUUGUGAAAGAAUGUGCUUUGAAUCCAAGGGUCUUAAAAACUUUUUUUUUUAAUCAAGUCAACCACUUUUCAAUAUAAAGAAUUUACACAGCUACUUUCAUGACUUUCUAAUGCCAUUGGAAACAUACCAGAAGUAUUCUAGAAUUAGCAAAUGCUGGAAUACAAGCACAUUGCCGUUCAUAGUAAGAAUUCUGGGGUUUACACAACCAAUUUUGAUGCAAUCUGCUCAGUAAUAUAAUUUGUCAUUUGUAUUAGAAAUUUAAUUUCUUCAUGUGAUGUCAUGAAACUGUACAUACUGCAGUGUGAAUUUCUUUUUGUUUUUUAAUCUUUUAGUGUUUACUUCCUGCAGUGAAUUUGAAUAAAUGAGAAAAAAAUGCAUUGUCUCUGGUUUGAAAUGAUUGUUAUUUUCUAGCCUCUCUGAUUUUCAGGGUUUUUUGUAAACAUAAAACCCAUUGCUACUAAAAUAGCAGUAAUUCUUCAAGGAUGUUUUAGUCUCCUCAAAAGAUUAAGAAAGGCAGCCAGCAAGUCAGUGGAUGUAUAGAGUGUUCCAAAAGUCACACGUAAAGUUACUAUACACAGGAGAAAUGGGAAAUUGUAGGUAAAUGUCUUUUUAUUUACAAUAUAUUUGUUAUGAAAUUAUACAAAGAGAUGGCUACCAACAUGUAGAGAGUAUUUUGUAAAUGUGUGUGUUGACUUUAUGGGUGACUUGGGAAACCCUGUAGAAAUAAGGUAAUUAAAGCAUAGCCCAAAAUGACAAUGAGCCUCUCUUUUCUCUUCUGCUUCAAUUUGUUAACUAGGUGACCAUUGUAGAUUUUUAAACUGGAAAAGAAUUUACACAAUGUUCAGACACAGAAUUGACUGCACAUACCCACACACAUUUUAAGGUAAGAUUUUAUUACAGGGCUUUUAGCCACUUUUCAAUGGGCAUCAAGUUUAUUUUAAAUAGAAUAAAGGUCAAUAAUUUUUCAAAAAUGAAUGUGUGCACGCAUACACAUAUUAAGUAUAUACUAUGUGUGUGUAGGUAAUGAGUAGUUGGGAACAAUAAGCAAGAUUCAUAUAUAAUAGAGACCAGCUUCUUUGGGGGAGAGGACCCUAACCUGUGUAUCUGUUAAAUGAGCAAUUUAGUGGGCUCACGAAGCCAAUACUAUCGCACUGGGUUUUGAGUAAAUAUUGAGAGUCAACUGACUAAAAUACUGGAGGAAAUGUGUAAAUCUGUCUUCCCAAGCUGAGACUGGUCAGGUUUUACAAGUGUGGGCAUGAGGGAGGCAUGAUCUGAUUGGCUUUGGAGUGAGGCUAGGAGAGUGGAACCUGCCAUGAGGCAAUACCAGGUCUCCAUCGGAUUGGAUCCUAGAACUUCUAAUGUUCACUUCUUAAUUCAUUUCCCCUCUCCUCUGUGUGAAUACUUACUUUCCUUCUGUGGUUGUACACUAGAUUCAACUGGGCACACUCAGCUUACCUGACCCUCAACCUGCUGGUCUAUAACAACUGAAAAAAAAAGUUGAGCUAGAUUGGUGUGGUGUGGUUACAUACUCUGAUGAACUUAGGCCUAGGGAUUUUUAUUUUUGCAAAUUAUAUUAAUGGUAAUUUAGAAAGAAGACAUUUUCCCAAAGAUGGGCUGGCUCUGUUCUCUGGGACUUAAAUAGGUCUGUUGUAAUUGAUACAGUUUCUCUUCUUAACAAGUUUGUUUAAAAACAUCUAAAAACUGCUCCAAUAAUAGAAACACAUUCUACUGUUCUACAUUAUUAAAAAGUUGAAAAGAUCUACUUCACUAUAUGUAUAGAUGCUGACAUCAGAAUGAGACAUGCACAAACAUUUUUUUUUUGUACUUACGUGACAAAAACGCAUGACAAGUGCCCCAAGUAAUAAAUUGCCUUUAAGGGAUUUUUAUGAUGAGAACCACCAAUUAGCAAUUCUUGCACCAGUUUUUUUUAAUAUUGAGGGUCUUUAAAAAUCAAAUCAGAUGAAAAUCAUGCUAUGUAAGCUUCUAUUUCAAACUUAUUAAAAGUGUAGAAAAUAACAAAAAAUUUUUGAAAUUUCUUUUCCUAACAUUAGUAUCACUAACAUGUGACCUGUUUGGCCCUAAAAAAAUGUUUUAAAUGUUCAUUAUAAAGCAAACCAGUCCUUUUGGAAAGAUGUUUGGAGAACACUUAGAGAACUAAAAAUAGAUCUGCCAUUCGAUCCUAUAAUUCCUCUACUAAGUAUAUACCCAGAAGACCAAAAAUCACAUUAUAACAAAGACAUUUGUACUAGAAUGUUUGUUGCAGCCCAAUUCAUAAUUGCUAAGUCAUGGAAAAAGCCCAAGUGCCCAUCGAUCCACGAAUGGAUUAAUAAAUUGUGGUAUAUGUACACCAUGGAAUAUUAUGCAGCCUUAAAGAAAGAUGGAGACUUUACCUCUUUCAUGUUUACAUGGAUGGAGCUGGAACAUACUCUUCUUAGUAAAGUAUCUCAAGAAUGGAGGAAAAAGUAUCCAAUGUACUCAGCCCUACUAUGAAACUAAUUUAUGGCUUUCACAUGAAAGCUAUAACCCAGUUAUAACUUAGGAAUAAGGGAAAGGGGGAAA